CGCCUAUUUCUUUCGCGUCGCUAGACUCAGAGCUCGUGGAGAUCCUUUUCCUCCUCCCGCUGCCCUUCAGCCGCCGUUUCCUAAAUCAGCUCUCCGUGAUAGUUAUGGCGUACCCCAACGAGGUCUUCAGUGCCUUCGCCUUCAUUAGCUUCGUACUGGUGCUCAUACCGUUCCGGUGGCAUCUCGAAGCAUGGAACACCGGCACUUGCAUGUACAUGGCGUGGACCGCCAUCGGCUGCCUGUACCUCUUUAUCAAUUCCAUCGUCUGGAAGGGGAACGCGGAGAUUCACUCUCUCGUUUGGUGUGAUAUAUCCUCGCAUCUGCAAGUUGCGCUCAACACCGCGAUUCCGGCAGCCUCGUUAUGCAUUAACCGCCGGCUGUAUCACAUUGCCUCUGUGAGCUCGGUGACUUCGACUCGUUCUGAUAAACGGCGCGCUAUCGUCAUUGACCUCUUGAUCGGGGUUGGUAUUCCUAUCCUCGGAAUGAUUGUUUAUAUCAUCCCUCAAGGUCACCGCGGCGACAUCCUCGAGGACAUCGGGCCGGUGGCCGAGGUCUACAACACCUGGGUUGCCUACGUGCUUUUCUCCAGUUGGCCCGUCGUGAUCGGUCUCGUUUCUGCCGUUUACUGCAUCAUGACGUUGAGGCUGUUCGCCAAGCGUCGCUCGCAGUUCAAGCAGCUGUUGGCCACGAACAAGAACUUGAACAUGUCGCGGUACUUCCGCCUCAUGGCCCUUGCUGGCGUAGAACUCGUGUGCACCGUUCCCCUCGCCUCCUACAUUAUCUACCUGGAUGUGACGGUUCUUCCGGUCAAUCCCUGGAUCUCGUGGGCCGACACUCACUCGAACUUCAAUCGCUACGACCAGUACCCGUCCGUCAUUUGGCGGGCGGAUCCCCGCAACCAGGCUCUGCACGAGCUCACCCGGUGGUCGGUCGUCAUCUGCGCGUUGGUGUUCUUCGCGUUCUUCGGUUUUGCCGACGAGGCGCAGAAGCAGUACCGCUCCCUCGCGUCCUCUGUCGGCAACCGUCUCGGUGUCUCCGCCACUUUCUCCAAACUCAGCUUCUUGACGUCCAAAUCGUCGGGCACCACGUCCACCACAAACGGCUCGGUCCUUCCCGUGUUCAUCACGCAGGAGCGGUCCGUCUUCAAGAACGACUCGUUCACCGCUUCGAAGAUGUCCACCACCGCGUCGUUCAACGACCGCGAUUGCGACCUCGACUCCCUCGAUGACAUCAAGGGCCAGCCAUUCGGACCCCAAUCGCCCGUCUCGGAGAAGGUCCCCGAGGUUACAGUUGAUCCCACCCCGCGCCGACCGUCGGUGGUCUCCCUCGACGACGAGCAGGCCAGGAUAGCCUUUAGCGGCGGUCAGAUGAUCGGCGGCUUGAGCACCGUCUGAUAGAUGAUACCCCUCGUGAAGAUCGCGUAUCUUUAUUUCUUCACUCGUAACGGCUCUUGACGCAGGCAUAUUAACCUUCGCCUUUCGUACGCCGCUCCCUCUGUAUUGUUAGCACUUGACUCGCGAUCGUCUCUCCUGUCACCACCGUACUACUAAUCGUCCCCUUGUGUCUUUUACUCUCUCCUGGGCAUUGUCUGUAGCAAUGAAUCUACCUGAUAGCAAUAGACUAUC